AUGAGUAAAUAAAACCGGAAUUGAUUUCAGUAGCAGGAACUUUUCUUAGGUUUACACCGUUAAUUUCCUAUAAUUGACUUUCACUGUACUUGUAUAAAGAAAGAAAAAAAACCAGAAAGCACAAAAAAUAAAAAUAAAGAAAACGACAAUUCUAACUAGAAGCUUUGACGUUCAGCUAUUGUGGACUGUACCUCGGCAACUGACCUACAGAUAUUUUACUUGCACAAAAGAAGAAAGAAAAUUCUUGACCAUUUCUCUUCAGAAUUCUUGUAUCAAAUAACAACCUGCUUCCUGCAAUUACUUGUUGGUUAAUGUGUGCCAUUCGAGUACAGAAAACAAAAUUGCUAUGAUGCAGCACCAUCACAUUUGGAUAGCAGACAAUGGAUAAACUAUGUCAGUUGAGUUUUCAAAUAGCUCACAAUCCUACCCAACUCUUCUAAUCAUGUUACAUGUGAAAUAAUUUAGUGCUGUUGUUUACAAGUAUUCAAGCUAGCAAUCCAUUUCACUUCAACAGUUGUGUGUGGACUCCUUCAAAGUUCAUCAUUUGUAUAUAUACAUGAAUAUUUUGUGUCUAAGUUAAUUUAUGUCCUUCUGUCAUCGUAAAUUAUAGUAACAAGCUGACAUUUUUUACUUUUUUUAUUAUUUAUUACCUUCUUCAAUGUUUUUUUUUUUUAGUAAAACCUCAUUUACAAAAGGUUUAGCAAAUACUGUAUUUUAUUUAUAACUUAUUCUAUUUAGAAUUAAAAAUAAAUAAAAAAAUUCUUCAACUGCUCGUUAAAUAAAGCACUUGAAAGUAAGCUUGCAAAUCAAAAGAAACAAAGUAAAACAAAUAGUCUCUCUCUUUCUCUCUCUCUCUCUCUCUCUCUGCUUGUCUGUGCAAUAAACAAAAUUGAUCUCAAUAAAAUCUGAAAACAUGACUCCUACUUAAAUACAUCUAUGUUACUACCCCAGGAUCUUAACGAGAUAUUUUAUGAUUGAUCCAACUCACAAAGCUAUUUCAAACAACUGAUUCAAUAUCCUAAAAACCCUGUCGAUACAUCAUUACAAAGAACAAAACUAAAUCUAUUUAUUUAUACAUGCGUUUUAUCAAUUCCCUUGGACAUCUAAAGAACAGUAUUAUCUUGUUUUGUUUUCUUUUGUAAUAUUUAAAAUUUUCAACUAUUUAUAAUCAAUUCCCCAGUUUAUUUUUCAAGCUUAUUUUCAAGUUUAUACUGGUAGUUUGUUAAUUUAAUUUUCUUUGCAAAUUAACAAGCAGGCUUAUUAAUUUCUCAUUGUCAGUUUAUUUGACAGACAGCACUUCAUUAUAAUUCAUACAACCAUUGUGAAUAUUUUCUUCUUCCCUUCUAAGACUGGCAGAUUUAACUGGACAACAGACAUAGUCAUUGUGCAAUAAUAAUUGAGAUUCUAGCUGUCAUAGUUUCCCCACCAUUAGAACCCACAGAACUACCAUAAUCAUCAUAGAGAGAAGAACCUUUAAUUUAUUAUUACCUUCAUCAUGGAAGAAGCCAAUCCAGUAUUCACCCAAUACGUCGACGUGGGAAAGAUAACCGAUUUCAAUACCAAAGUCAAUUCCUUAACAGCUAACCAGUCUUCGUCGCCCAUCCGAACGCCAAGUUCUUCUGAAGAGGAACUGCGACAGUUGCUUAACUUGCGGGACAGAAAACCUCUGAAAUUAUUUCUCAGGUCAAAUCAUUGGCCAGUUGACCACCCUUUACGAAAGACCCUCUGGCCACUUCUCUGCUCAAACUUACACAAGACGCACAGCAGCAUUUAUGAGGAAAUGAAAGAACAGUUGUUUGGAAACGAGACCAAAAACCACGUUCCUGUAUCAGUCUUAGGAGACCACAAAAUUUCCACACCAUAUUUCUUAAACAACUUAGGCAUGGAAGAAGUUGAAAAGAUUUUGGCAAUCAUUUCCCAUACGAAUCCUGAUAUUUCUUACUGUCCAGUGCUCCAAUGUUUAGUCAGUAUCCUGCUUCAUUACAUGGAACCUUCGGAUUGUUUCAACACCGUUUACAAUUUGUUCCGCAGCAAAGCCCAGUUUUACUUACCCAUGAAUAAAUCAUCCCAUAAUGCAAUUAAACUGGUUAUGCGAGACCUUUCGAAGAAAUAUGCAAGAUCUGCUCAUAGUUAUAUCCAGCAGCACAGUAAAUCUACAGAAACUGUAUUUCAUGACUGGCUUUGGUGGAUUUUCAGAGACUUACCAUUCCAUUUUCUGGUGAAAGUAAUUGAUUGCUACCUGCUUGAAGGAUUCAAGGUAUUUUAUAGAGUGUCCAUUGUAUUACUAACACUCUUCUCCAAACAAUCAGGAAAACAGCCUCUUUCUGCUAACCACACCGUUCAACAAGCUGUUCAACAUUCUAUAGAAAAUCUGUCUAUUCGUGUGGAUAAAUUCGGCAAGUUAAUCUUUGGAAUACGAGGACUUAACAGAAAAGAAAUUAGAAAAUUUCUUGUGAAAAACGAAAUGCUUGUUAAAAGUCGUGCCAAAGCCCUCAAUACCUCUUUGUCGAGCUGGUCGCUCGGAGCAGAACCCCAAGACGGUGCUAGUACAUCAAAAAACUUCAUGGGAACUGUCAUACAGUCUCCUUCUUCUUCUGUUCUCAGUCUAGACAAUCAGGCCCAAAAACGACGGUCUAUGUCUGUUGGCAUGGUUACCCUACCAACAAUGAACUGUCAUUCUCUACCUCAGGCUGAUUUCUAUGUUAUAUGGAGUUGGUUGCCAGCUCGAUCAGCUGUUUGCCAGCCUAAACUGCUCUACACAUCAGAAGAACAUGGCGUGAGCUUAAGGACGCUUUAUGUUAUGACAGAAGAAUACGAACCAACAAUCAUUGUUAUAAAGACUUUAACCGAUGAGGUAUUUGGUGCAUUCUGUUCUAGCAGUUGGUCUAACCGUAAGCAGAGCAGCAAAAACAUUUCUUAUUUUGGAACCGGUGAGACCUUUCUCUUCACAUUAAAACCAGAACAGAAGAAGUUCCCUUGGAUUGGUUACAGUCGACCAGACAUUUCUCGGAAUGCUGCUAGCAUGUUUAUGGCUGGCGAUAGUUCAGUUCUCAUCAUUGGAGGAGGAGGAGGUAAUGCCAUUAUGCUUGACGAGAACCUACUUCACUGUCGUACAGAAGAAACUGAAACCUUUGGCAAUCCACCUUUAUGCUCUAGCAAAGAUUUUGAAUGUAAAGUAGUUGAGAUAUUUGGCUUCGAGUGAACUUAAUUGCUGGUAUUUCUGUGAAACGUGUUUGAACUGUAAAGAAGAGAGAAAAAAAACUUGCGUAUUGUAGUUCACCUUCAAAUUACUGUUGGAAUAAGUAUGUCACGUACAGAACUAUGAAAAUGAGGGAGAGAAAAAGUAAAGAAAAUUAUCUUUCGCUUUAAGGAAUUAUUUAUCUAUAUAUAUAUAUUGUUUUUAACAAUUCAUAAAACUCGUUUCAAAAUGUAUUAAUUGGUCUGAAAGUUUGAUUGGUGAGUGACGAUUCCUUCAAAGGAUUUUUCUUAGAAUUCAAUGAAUCCAAUUCAAUUGAUUUGAUAUUCUUCUAAACUGUCUGUGAUGUUACCUCCUCUUUACACGAAAAAAAUGGCUAUAGAACCCCUCUCUCCUCCCAUCUGUGAUGUGUUCGCAUUUUAGAUGUGCUUAUUGUGCAAUUAUUUAUUUUAAUUUUUUUUUAAAACCCUACUUUCUAAUUGAAUGAAACUUGAAUUUGGAAGUAACACAUACAACCAUCACUAUUUUUGAAAUUUAUGGAUUUUUUUUUUAACAAGUAAUUUUAUAUUCACUUUUCUUACUUCAUGGUUUUAUCUUAAUUUAUGCAUUUUACUCAAUAUUUUAUCCUUUUUUUUUUUUUUUUUUUUUUUAAUAAUUUUAUCUUCAUUGAUUCCUUGCUUGCCAUUUCUCCCUAAUACGUAACUGUUAGGAAUUGCUUUUAGUUUUUGUUAUUGUUCCUCUAAAUUCUAAGAAUAAAGAUUUGUAAGAGGAAAACAAAACAUCUUAGCUUCAUUUUUUAAAAUUAUUUUUUUAUACAAAUGUUAGCAUUAAUUUAUAAGUAUUAUCAGUACAUUACAAUACCAAUAGAAAGUGAAGUGAGGUUAGCUGUGUGACAGUGACAAAGUGAAGCUGCUUUCUGAAAUUCUAUUGUCAAAGUGAAAAAGAAAAAUCAAAAGAGUUCUACUGCUGGUUUCUGGAAAUCUUCAGACUUUUAUUCCCUUAAUGUAGUUUUUACAUAGAAUUCCUGUUUGAGGGUUAGCAAAAAUCUAGUGGCAGACACCAUUUCAAAGACUGAAACUUCCUUGGAUAUUUUAGAUUCAUAUUACUUGUUUUGUUGGCAUUAGUUUUGUUUUUACAUACUAGUUGCAGAUGGUUCAGAGCCUGGGUAGAAAAUGGUAGCAUAAUAGUGUUUUUGAUUCAGGCAUAUUUGUAUUCUCAACUGCAGGCAUUGCAUUGAUUGCUUCUUGACUCUACAUUAUCCAUCUAAGAAUUCAGUGUUAUUACAAUAAAAAAAAAUUUUAAAUAGCAGUGGAUGAUAAUAUUGGAUGAAUUAAUACAUUUUAUGGUAUUUUGUAUUUCUUUAUAUUUGCAAUUGUUGAACACUAGCAUCAUUGGUUACAGGUUUCCAGCAGGUUAAUUAAUCACUGGUUCUCUGCAUUUCUGACUGAGGGUGACAAGGGAGUGUUUGUAACUCAAUGCAGAAUAUUGCCAAGGUAUAUAUGCACAUGCACGUCUUCUGCACAGUAUUUGUUAGUCAAGUCUCAUUCACAUAUUAUUGGUCAGACUGAGCCAGUUGUUGAAGAUAUUGCCCCCAUAUGCAGCAUACAUUGGGGCCCCAUGUCUAGAACCACAUGGCUGCGAAAUUCUCUUAAUUAUGCAGUCAUACCUGUAGACCCCAUUAAUUUCUAAGUUCAAAUCCCACUGAAAUUGACUUUGAGGAGGUGGAAGGCAUAAAAAGAAAAUGUGGUAGUAAAGUUUUAAGUUAAUUUAAUCAACUAUGCUGUCACCACUACCACCAAACAAAUUGCUUAGUGACAUUCCAUUCACCUUUUCCUUUUAUCCUUUCAGGGUCAAUGUAAUCGACUGGUCCCCUCCACCAAAAUAUCACAUUUUUUUGUUUAUAGUAGAAAGAAAUUGUUAUUAUUAAAGUGGUGGUAAGGUAAUGGAAUUGUUAGCAUGCUGGAAAAAAUGCUUAACGGCAUUUGAACAUUGUGUUCAAGUUCCACCAGGUCAAUUUUGUCUUUCCUUCUUUUGAGGUCAUGACAUCUCUCUUCCUUCAAAAACUGCUGCCGUUGUCUCAAAAUUUGAAGCCAUUAUUAUUAUUAUUAAAACAUGGUUUUAUAUCAGACAAAAUAACUACUGAUUAGCAGAAUUAAUAGUUCAUCCAACAAAAUGAAUGAUAAACGGCUGAAUUGUUGGUGUAUGAGAAAAAUGCAUUUUAGGGAUUUAGUAAAAUGUUCCAAGUUCCUGAUGUUGACUUUACAUUUCAUAUUUCUGGCAUCAAUAAUAUAUAUAUAUAUGCACCACUCACAUACUGGGGUGUGAUUUCAUUCUUUACCUCCCCCAAAUUAGUGAUCUCCAUUAGGAAUAAUUUUUACCUCUCAUUUGACCAGAUUGACAGAAUCAGUCGAGCUUGGUCAAAAUAUCUUGCCAUCUUUGUUUUCUGCUCUUUACAUCCCAAGUCCCCCUACACUGCCAAAGUCAAUUUUGCCUUUCAUUCUACAGAAGUCGGUAAAAUAAAGUGCCAGUUUAGUACAGGAAAGGCAGGUUGUGAGGUUGAUUUAAUUGACUGUCCUCCCCUACUAUAUUUCUAGACUUGUGCCUACAUUAAAAAUGAUCGUUAAAUUAGAGUUGUUUUCUUUUUUUGUGUUUUAAGUUCAAAUCCCACCGAGGUCAAUCUUUUUGUUCCUUCCAUAGUCAAUGAAAUAAAGAUAAGUACUGAGAUUAAUAUAAUUGACCAUUCCGUGUCAGCCUUUUGUUUAUGAAGGAAAUCAUCAUCAUCAUCAUCAUCAUCAUUAUUAUUAUUAUUAUUAUUAUUAUUAUUAUUAUUAUUAUUAUUAAGGUGGUAAGCUGGUAGAAUCAUUAGUAUGCCAGGCAAAAUGCUUAGCAGUAUUUCGUCUGUCUGCACAUUCUGAGUUCAAAUUCCGCUGAAGUUGACUUUGCUUUUCAUCCCUUCAGAGUCAAUAAAAUACGUAUCAGUUGAUCACUGGGGUCGAUUUAAUCAACUUAGCCCCCUCCCCCGAAAUUGCUGGCCUUGUGCCAAAAUUCGAAACCCAUUAUUAUUAUUAAGGUGGUAGCUGGCAGAUUUGUUAGCACACUGAAUAAAUGCUUAGCGGUAUUUCAUGUCUUUAUAUUUUGUGUUUUAAGGUGAUGAGCUGGCAAAAUACUUAGCAAUAUUUUUGUCUACCUUUACGUUCUGAGUUCAAAUUCCACUGUGGUUGGCUUUAACUUUCAUCCUUUUGGGGUCAACAAAAUAAGAAUCAGCUGAGCAUUAGGGUCAACGUAAUCAACUUGUCUCCUCCCACGAAAUUGCUAGCCUUGUGCCCAAAUUUGAAACCAAUAUUUAUUAUUGGCAAGCUGGAAAAAUCCUUAACCUGUCAGACAAAACGUUUAGCUGCAUUUCUUCUGGUUCUUCACAAUCAGUUCAAAUUCUGCGAAGUUUAGCUUUGCCUUCCACCUUUUUGGUGUUAGUAAAAUAAUUCCCUUAAAAUUGCUGGCCUUGUACCUAAAUUAGAAUUACUGCACCUAGAUGGCCAUGGGGAAAUAUUACCUUGCUUGGAAACAAGUGGGGGUUAGUGACAAGGGUAUCUAGUCAUGGAAAAUCUGCUUCAAAUUCCAUCUGAUCCAUGCUAGCAUAGAAAAGUAGAUGUUAAAACAAUGAUGAAAUUUUUAUUUGAAUAUGCAGAAUUGACAAGAUAAAUAAUGGCUGCUAUCAUGUUGUUAUUUAGAGACUGAUUUUAUAUAAUUAUAAAGGUUUCUAAUGUAAGCAAAUCACCUAGAUUUGGGGUAAGGGUGCAGUGGGUUCUGUCUGACCUGAAGGAUGACUGACAAAGUUGACCAUGGUGGGAUUAGAAUGUGAAGGUCUGACUGUAUUCCUUGAGACUCUUUGUGCAAUACUUAAAUUGAUGCUGUAAUGACAAUAGUUGAUUGGUAGUUUAUUUUUAUCUACCUCGGAAAGGUGAAAAUCAGAUAAUGAUAAUAAUCCUUUCUAUAAUAGGCAGAAGGCCUGAAAUUUUGGGAGGGAACACUAGUCAAUUUCAUUGACCCCAGUGCUUGAUUGGCAUUUAUUUUCAUCAACCCUGAAAGGAUGAAAGGUGAAGUUAAUCUCAGAGAUAUUUGAAUAAUUCAGGAUAAUUUUUGUACAAGACCAGGUGUUUUAGGGGAGGGUCUAAAUCUAUUACAUUUCCUUCAGUACUCAACUGAUACUUAUUUUAUUGACCCUGAAAGGUUGAAAGGCAAAGUCGGCCUCAACAGAAUUUGAACCCAGAAUGUAAAGAGAUGGAACAAAUGCCACUAAACAUUUUGUCUGACUCCUGAUCCUGCCAGCUUACCACCUUAAUAAUAAAUGGUGUCUCUGUUUAUAUAUCCAUCCAUGUAUGGGCAUAUCUAGCUACUUCCAAGUAAGUUAGUCUAGAUCUCACAUAGCAAUAAUGAGUAAGGGUUUGAAGUACAUCUUUGUCUAAUUAAAGGCAAAUCUGCUAAUUAGUUUUCUUUCAGAGUACUAUGAAUACUGUCAAUAACAUGCUUUGUCAUUUUAAAAAAUGAAUUAAAGCAGAAAACUAAAAUAAAAGAAAUUUAUAUAUAUAUGUAUAUGCAUGCAUGCACCCAGACUCACAGUCUUCCAUACACAUGUAACGUAUUGUCAUAUUAUACACACAAAAACAACUAUAUAUAUAUUAGAGUAGUAUAGUUUUCAUGAAGCAUCAUCUCAUUAAAGCCUGAAAGAGACAGGCUUCUAUUAGAGGCCUGUGAAGCUUAGUCACCUGGAUCCAAAUCAAACCGUUUAAAAUAAUACAUGUAACUUCUACUAAAUGUAUUAGGUGCCCCUUUUCUUCCAUUUAUCCACUCGUUUGUGUGUAUAUGUAUGUAUGUUGGCGAUUUCUUUGCCUCCUUUCCAAUGAAGAGCUAUACUUGAAAUGUCAAACUCUUGUUUUACCAAGCAUCAAGCUAAUACAUUCCUUGUGCAUGUCCUCUUGUCCAUUAAUUUUAUUCAUUUAUUUUUGAAUUGACUAUAUAUAUAUAUAUAUAUAUGUAUACAAAAAUAAGAGGAAUGACCAGCAAAAGUGGACUCCUAUAUGCUUGAAAUAGAUGCCGAAUCAUCUAACCAUGAAAAAUGUUCUCAGUAAAAAUUUAGUGACACAACAGGCUGUUGUGUCGCUAAAUUUUUACUGAGAACAUUUUUCGUGGUUAGAUGAUUCGGCAUCUAUUUCAAGCAUAUAGGAGUCCACUUUUGCUGGUCAUUCCUCUUAUUUUUGUAUGUAAUAUAAUUUUAAUCUUUGGAUUUUUUUAAUAUGCUGGACCACUGGUUUUAAUUGAUUAAUAUUAAUUUCUACCCUUAUUAAUAAAUUUUAUAUAUAUGUAUAUAUAUAUAUAUAUAUAUACACAUACGUAAUAUCAUAGCUUUUUUUUUUUUUUUUUAUAAACCAAAACAAUGCAGGUUAUAAAAAUUAUACAGGUUGAUAAUUUUAUCUGGUAUUUCAAGGUUGGGACCCCUUCCUGAAAUAUUUGGACAGAGAAGUCAGCGAAUAACAACUUUUCUCCAAACCUUUCCUGACAAAGGGUUCUUCUAAGCCUGAAAUGUUGUAAUAUCAGGUAUAAAACAAUCAAUCUGUUUCCUUUUUAUAAACGCAUUGCUUCAGCUUUCAGAAAAAAAAAUAUACUCAAAAUUUAAAUAUAGUCAUUUAUGUGUAUGUAUAUAUAGUUUUUGUGUGUGUGUGUGUACAUGCAUUUAUGCACACACACACAUACAUACACACCUCCAACAAUGUUUUGCUACAAAAUAUGAAAUGGUCACCUUUUCUGUUUGCUGCAGCAGAAAAAUGCCCCAAGGGCAUGUUCUGUACAACACUUAAGUUUUAACCCUAAUUUCCUUAUAUAUACACACACACACACCAUUCCUAUGCUUUUAUACUUAUCAUUGUUUUACAUACAUACACAAAUAUUAGUUAUUUACUUUCUUUCACCGCCAUCUUUAAACAUCAACAUUAAUUUCUCACUGUGAUAAUUUAAAAAAUUCUUUUUAAUAAAAAAAAAUAAAUAAAAUACUUUUAGUUUUGUUUUUCUCUUGUGUUGCUAUUUCUUUUUUUUAUAUUUCACUUCUGACUAUCUGUGCAAAUUAACCAGUUGGUUAACUUGGUCUUUUGCAACCCUAGUGUCCCAUUCUCUCUUUCUCUCACACACACAAACAAGAGUGCUCUUUUGUCUGUGUGGCAUCUUGGACUUUUUUAUCAUAACCUCAGUCAACUGAUGACUUACAAGUGGUGAAAUUGGAUGGACAGAAACUGUGGAAGCCUGUCAGAUGAACUAUACUUGUAAUUCAAAAAGGACCAACUUUUGUCAUUAUGUCCUCACAUGGCACCAUACUGAUUCUGUCCAAGGAUUACAUUAACCUUUGAGCAUUUAAACCAUCCAUGCCUGGCAUAGGGUAGUGAGCUGACAAUUGUUAGCAGACCAGGCAAAAUGUCUUUGUUCCAAGUUCAAAUUCCACAAAGUUGACUUUGCCUUUUAUCCUGUUGGGCUCUAUAAAAUAAGUACCAUGUGGUCACUGGGGUCAAUGCAAUUGGCUUAACUACUGGGCAUGAGUAUAGAAACUGCUCCCUUUGUCAAGCCAGUAUGGCAGAGUGGGCUUAUCAAACGAGUAUGAUCUCAAGCCAUUCUUUGGUGGAGAGAACAUGCUGAGCCCUUUGUGCUACAGUGGACUGAACAUGAGCAAUCCAAUCCAAAAAUGUCUGGUCUAAAUAUUUUACCAGUUUUAUAUCCAAACUGACCAGAUCCAGUCUGCCACACCAACCCUAAAAAUAAUCACAAUGUGGUUGGUAUUUGGUAGGGCAUUCAGCUGUAAAAAUCAUACCAAAACUGACGUUACCUGUGCUGAUGCCAUGUAAAAAGCAAUCAGUCUACUCUAUGGAGUGGUUGGUGUUAGGAAUGGCAUCCAGCCAUAAGAACCAUGCAAAACGGACACAGUAGUCUGGUGUAGUCUUCUACCUGGUUGGCUCCUGUCGAACCAUCCAACCUAUUCUAGCAUGGAAGACAAACGGUAAAUGAUGAUGAUCAUCAGAAUCUCAAAGCUAUGAGAUAAUGCAAAGUCAAUUCACAACAAUAUGAAUAAAUAAGCAUUACAUUUCACAGAGUAAUCUGAAUGCUAAAUGGUUAAGGUUACACUUGUCUGUGGUGUACACAGCCACUUACUUAAAUACAUACACAAUAAGCCGUUCAGUGGAGCAAACAACAAGAAUACUCAUUAUCAAAAUCAGUGGAGUUCCAUUUCCAUAAGUUUGUGCAUUAUGUAUGUAUACGUCCAUUUGUGUUUCAAGCAAAUGGGUCCUUCCCUUUGUUACCCUUUUGUUUUUUUUGUUUGUUUUUUUUUGUUUUUUUUGUACUUUUUUUAUACGGAAAUUUUGCUAUGGCGUGUUGAUGUUCCGAAGAAGCGUGGCAGUAUACAUGAUGGUGGUGAUGCCCCAUGUUUAUACAUUGUUAUUAAAUAUGCCUUAUCUUAAAAAAAAAAGAACUGAAAGUAUGUCUUUUGUUGUGGUUUGUAUAAAGUAUCCUGCCUGUGGAAUAAAAUGACAAAGUAAAUGAUAUGCAAAAAAGAAAAAAAACAAAGAAAAGCACACAAACACA